AUGCAACGUAUUUUUUCCCAAUCAUGUCGCUAUGGCUGUUCUCGCCUUGAAGUCGCACGCCCUUUCAACUCUCGGCCGUGUCUUUUGCCUCGGGUUCAGUGCUCAGUUCCUCUGAGCAAGCGUAAUUUUGCAAACUCCGCUGCGCUGUACAAAAAGAAGGACAAGGUCAAACAGAAUUCUGCUCCUGAGCCUAAGGAAACUCCUAGCCCUGCUAGCUCUGCCCAAGAUCCAUUCGACCUCUCUCAACUGCACAGUGGCAUUUCCACAACCGUGGCUCGGCUCAAGGAUGAUCUAUCUAAGCUUCGCGCCGGAGGGCGGUUCAAUACCGCUAUUCUGGAGAACUUGAAAGUCCAGCUGAGCAAGGAGUCUAAGGAAUCCGUCAAGCUAGGAGACCUGGCUCAGGUUGUACCCAAGGGAGGACGGAUGGUCACUCUCUUGGCCGCAGAGGAGGAUCACAUCAAACCUUUGACUUCUGCUAUCAUAUCCUCAAACUUAUCCUUGACACCGCAGCCCGAUGCCCACAACGCCCUCCAACUCAACAUUCCCAUUCCACCGCCCACAAAAGAGUCUCGGGACAAGAAUAUUCAAACUGCCAAGCAAGCAUUUGACAAAGCCGCUAUCUCAUUGCGUGACUCUAGAGGGGCGAUGCACAAACGUCUCCAGGACUUACAGAAGAAGAAAUUAGCCCGACCAGAUGAUGUGCGCAAAGCUCAUGACCAGAUGGAGAAGGUCACAGACCUGGGGCAUAAAGAUCUCAAGGAUGCAUUUGAAGCGGCCAAAAAGACUUUGGAGCAGGUAUAA